UAUAUUGCAGAGAAUCAUAGACUAAUUUAAUUAACGUCAGAUAUAAAAUAAACAAUUAGUUGUUCAACAUGGCCGAAAGUACCACUCACACAACUACUACAACCACAACGGUUGAACGGAGGGAAGUAGUGUCAGUUGGAGUCAAUAUUGGGUUUUUAAAAACCCCCAUUGGAAUUCUUAUGCUUGUUGAAUUAUUCGUUGGGUUGCUCGCAUGGGCGUUACUGGUUUCAAUCCCAUGGUUUCAUCGUGAAGGAGAACUAGGUUUUGCAGCCUUUGGAUUCAUAUUUAGCUGGCUUGCUACUUUAAUCCUUUUUUUCACGUUCGUAACCGGGCUUCAUGGAUCGGUGUGUUCUAAUCUACCAUGGGGAAUGAUACAAUGGAUUGUAAAUGCGAUAUUCGCACUACUAUGCUUCAUCUCAGCUAUUUGUGUUGCAGUAAAUGGCAGUCGUUUUGCAAAUUGGGGAGCAAGUGCAGCAUUCGGAUUCAUACUAUUCGCAUUAUACGUAGUCAGCUUACUACUUACCUACCGGAAAGCAUAUGGAAGAUUUCCUUGGCAAAAUGCAACAGGAGCACCAGCCAACACGUAGAUUGUUGUCGAUUUUAAAUAUGAGGAAUUGCAUGCAAUCAAUACAUACUUACUGCUAUAUUGCCAGAAAGAAACAAUAAUCAAAUGGACUACUCUGGAUUGAACAACGUUUUUACUAAAUAUAUUGCUCAAAGAAUUGCUAAUGGUAUUACAUAUCUCUUGGCAUCAUAUGUCAUUUAUACUUUUUAUUACAAUAUGAAAUUAAUUAUCCAAAAAUAUUCUUUUAUUUGAGCAUCGACGAAAAUUUGCUAUUAUGAGUAAUUUACGACGAUUGUCUUGCGAUGUUUUUGACUUAUCGCGCUCCACCACCUUCAAUUUAACAUGGAUACGCCGAAUUAUAUUAAUUAAUAGAAGUAUCAUAACUUUAUAGCACAGUCAUGACUGAUUUGAAUUUCACGGCGUGUAAAGUAUAUAAAUGGGAUGCACCUAACGUGGAUUACAAUCAUUAAUUAAAAACGAUUAAUUUAUGAAAUUCGAAAAAUGGUUUUGCAAUAUGCAAUCUGUCUUUGCUUUCGUACCUAACUAUUCGUAUUAUCAUUUCCGAUUCCAGAUAUACAGUAUAUUGAACAGCAUGAAUUCAUGAAAAAAUAUUGCAUUUGAUAUUUUUACUUUUUUAGACUUCAUUUCUUCUUUAAUCAAUAUUGACUAAAAUGGUCGUUCAAUGUGAUUCGAAAAUAAAGAUUUCAAAAGA